CUUCUGAUAUUACUAUUAUUCUAUUGCUACACAUAAAGACUUUCUCUAUUCUUGUAGCCUCUUGUGCUCCUACUGCUCCUGGUCAGGGACCCCGAAAAAUCAACUAUCUUGAUCGUAACCUCAUAAAGUCUGGCGCCAAGGAAUCAUUUUGUGCGAUUCUGUUCUUGAUGCUCACUUUUCUGGCAUAUUUUAUACGUGGAUUGAAAUUGGGAUUCUGAAGCUCCUCAUAAAUAUCUGGGUACGAAACUAUGGAUCGGCUUAACAGCGCAGCACGCCUUAUGUUAGUUUCAGAUCUUGACUUCACAAUGGUAGAUCACAAUGAUCCUGAAAACAAUGAUCUCCUUAGAUUUAAUGCAUUGUGGGAAGCAUAUUUUCGCCAUGAUUCCUUGCUUGUAUUUUCAACAGGACGAUCACUAACUACAUACAAAGAGUUGAGGAAUGAGAAACCAUUGCUAACUCCAGAUAUAACUGUUAUGUCUGUGGGAACUGAAAUUGCUUAUGGUGAUUCUUUGGUGCCUGAUGUUUAUUGGGAACAAUAUCUGAAUCACAAUUGGGAUAGAAAGAUUGUGACAGAAGAAACUGACAAGUUCCCUCAACUUGUGCUUCAGUCUGAAACUGAGCAGCGUCCUCACAAGGUUAGCUUCUUCGUGGACAAGGCCAAGGCGUCCCAAGUAAUUGAGGUUCUUGAAAAACGCCUAGUAGAAAGAGGGUUAGAUAUUAAAAUUAUCUAUAGUGGUGGGAUUGCUCUGGAUGUGCUACCAAGAGGAGCUGGCAAAGGACAGGCUCUCACAUACCUGAUAGAGAAAUUUGAUGGAAAAGUUCCUGUGAACACUCUUGUAUGUGGUGAUUCUGGAAAUGAUGCCGAAUUGUUCAGUGUUUCUGGAGUUUUUGGUGUAAUGGUCAGAAAUGCACAGGAAGAGUUGUUGCAAUGGCAUGCAUCAAAUGCGAAAAAUAACCAGAAAAUACUUCAUGCCUCCGAAAGAUGUGCUGCUGGUAUCAUACAAGCCAUUGGCCAUUUUGGUCUAGGGCCUUGUAUAUCACUAAGAGAUGAAUUGGACUCCCCUGAAUACUCUACACAAUGUUUGAAUCCAGGAUUUGAAGUUGUGAAUUUGUACUUGGCUUGUGAGAAAUGGCAACGUGGAGAAGUUGAAAAGUCUGAGGAAUUUGUUCAGAAUUUGAAGUCAAAAUUUCAUCCAUCAGGGGUCUUCGUCCAUGCUUCUGGAGUGGAGAAAUCUCUCAAUGAAUGCUUAGAUGAACUGGAGAAGUCGUAUGGACACAUGCAAGGUUGCAGGUUUAGGGUGUGGGUGGACCGAGUUUCUUCAGCUCAGAUUGGUUCUGAUACUUGGCUGGUGAAAUUUGACAAGUGGGAAUUAUCAGGUAAGGAAUGCCGUUGCUAUUUAACAACAGUGUUACUGAACUUAAAGCCCGAAGGAUUCACUUGGAUGCAUGUACACCAAACGUGGAUGAAUGGAUCAACAUUAGAAACUGAAACGGUGUGGCUAUUCUAGAGCCUUGGUGGAGCAAUGACACGCGAUUACAGAUUACUGUUGUUGGUGUUAUAAUCAUCUGCAGGAAUGCCUAUUGAGUAUUGAGUAUUGAGUAUUGAGUAUUGAGUUAUAAGUUUCAAGAAGCCAAAUACCCUGGUUCAGACAAAGGAAACAAAUUAAGCACCGUGAUAUCAUUUUUAGUUUUGCUUCAUAGCUGAGAACAUGUAAAAAUGUAACCUGAAUUUAGUUUCACCUCGUACUUUCAUUUUUCAGCUGUAACCGUUGCUUGCUGUUAUGACUUAUGGGUGGAGAAUUUGACUUACAGAAUACAGAGGGGUGUAUGCAUUAGUUAUCCCAUAUUAUAUCAUGAAAUGUAUUCAUAUGUAUAUUUGGCAUUUUCCCCAUGGUUUCUAGAAAAGCCAGGUUUUGUUCUA